UCGUCAGUGUGCGCCUCUUUUUACACUACUGCUACCCAGCUUCGCUCUCUGCUAUUCUCACACAACCCAAACCCCAAGCGCACCCAUCAGCUUGCCUUGAGUGCUGCCAUGGCUCGCCUCCUCCCUCUCCUUCUCGCCAUCUUCCUCCUCGCCGCCACCACCGCCCACUCCCAGUCUCCUGCCGCCGCGCCCUCCUCCUCCUCCCACUCCGGCGCCGUCGCCCAGUCCCCCACUGCCGCCUCUCCAACCACCACAGGUACCCCAGUCCCUUCAUCGUCCCAAAACCCCAUCUCCACCUCCCCCGCCGCCUCCCCCUCCCACGCCAGCACCAAGAUCACCUCGCCGGCCGCUGCCCCCGUGCAGGCCACCGCUCCACCAGCAUUGCCUCCCCCCACACCCGCCCCCGUAAGCUCCCCGUCGCCCACAUUACCGGUCCCGGCCACCGCGCCGGCAACGUCUCCCCCGGCACCGGCGCCCGUCACGGCCGCUCCCACAUCGCCGCCACCGAUGGCUGCGCCGGCUCUCUCUCCCCCCGCGCUCGCCCCCGCGCCGGCACUGUCGACGUCCCCUCCGGCCCUCGCGCCGGCGCCCGUCGUCGUCCCCGCCCCGGCUCCGUCGCCGAGCAAGAAGCCCAAGACCAAGAAACACGUGGCCCCCGCCGCGUCCCCCCUAUCCGCCGCUUCGUCGCCGACCACCGGCCGCGGCCUCGCCCCCGGGCCCGGCCCCUCCGCCGCCGACAUGUCGAGCGACGCGGCGCGAGACCACCACAAGGCUACGGGUACGGGAGGAGCGGCGCUGCUGAUGGUGGUUCUCGUUUCGCUGACGCUGGGCCCGGCGCUGGCCUGAGCUACCUGAGGAUGGCGGGUGGGGUCACUCGUCAGGCUGUCCACCGGCCGCUGUUACUAUCGCUGCCACUGUUAUUACCACUACUAUUAGCGUCGGCGCCACUGUUCCAACCACUAGGCCUACUCCACUAAUUUUUGCUUGGACCCUGUCAGCUGCAUCUGAUCUGCAGCACACCGUUGCUACUUCGAUAUUAUUAUUAUCUUAUUACCAUGCUCUCUAGCUUAUUUACCACUGCAUUGCAAUGGACACUUUGGAUGUGCGUUAUAUAGUUGUGCGAGUGAUUGUGAGUCAA